CCGCCCCAGGGCGCCGCCAUGGCGGGCGGAGCGCGGCGCCUGUACCGCCGCAUCCUGCAGCUGCACCGCGCGUUGCCGCCCGCCCUGCGCGACCUGGGCGACCGCUACGUGAAGGAGGAGUUCCGGAGGCACAGGGCGGCCGGGCCCGCCGAGGCUCAGCGCUUCCUGCGGGAAUGGGAGGACUAUGCAGCACUGAUCCAGCAACAAAUUAAUGAGGACAAACAAAACUUGAGAGAAAAGGCUGUAUAUGGAAUUCAGCUCACAGAAGAAAAACUUAAUGACUUCCGUGAUGAACAGAUUGGGCAGCUGAAGGAACUGAUGGACGAGACUACCAAACCUCAUAAAAAAAUCACCAUUUCUAAAGACUCAGAAUACAAAACCUAAAAGAUUAAAAUAAUAAUUGUAAUGCAUAUGGAAGCAUUUGGAAACUGCUUUUUCCAGUUGUACUUGAAUGUGGUUUCUGUGAGAUAAUGGACACUGCUGAUGCUAUAACUUGUCUGAAGUGGAUGUGUUUGGCUUUCUGUGCAAGAACAAAUGGAAAAAUGGAAUGAUCACAAUUUUAUGUUAAUUGCAUUAUUUUUUCUCCUUUUUGUUUUUUUCCUCCUAAUGGAUGUUGAAGACUGAAAGAAUUUGGGGAAAGUAAAUUGACGUUUUUAAAAUAUGGAGUUACUAGUUUUGGGGUUGUUUUGUAAUCUUGGCACCUACAGGGCAAAACAUCUUUCUGUUUGCUUAUCAUCCUCUUCCUUAAUGGAAAAGAUGCUAUUAGCAUUUAUUUUCUGGUGAGGAUUCAGUAGACAAAGGAAUGGUACUGGAAUGGGUUUGUUUUCAUGGAAAGAAAUGAGCAGUAUUAGAAAAGCAUACUGCUGGUGAAAUUGGAAGUUGGUUUUCGUCUUGAACUUUAUUUUGAAAUGGACUUUAAAAUAAAAGAUGUAGCUCAUUAUUAAAUUAACCUUGAAUCACU